AUUACAUACUUCAUUCAUUCAUUCAUAGGCUUGAUCUGUCAUUCGUGUCGUACCGAUAGAGUCCGAUUGUUUCUAUUCGGAAUGGGUUCUGGUUUCGACUGUUAACCAUUCGAAGCUGGCUAAGAUUCAUCCUGUGUCUUGACUGUAAAGUGUCUUCUGUAUGGAAAACCUAACCUAGCAUCAAGACACUAGUUUUAGCUCAGCCAGCAAUUUAGCUUUGAAUAUUUUGAUAAGCAAUGAGUGAAUCUCAGGAAGGAUCUCCGUCCAAAGGAGAAGGUCCCUCUACUUCCAAGGCUCAUGCCAGUCAUGCUCUUCUUGUGAGCCCUAAACAGAAAGGCAACCCAGCUCUUAAGGCUGUCUCCAACAUACCAUGGGAAUUCGACGAAAGUAUUCUUGCAGAUUAUGUGAUGGGUCCCUCUUCCUGUGCCCUCUUUCUGUCAAUUCGAUAUCAUAAUCUAAAUCCAGAUUACAUUCACGACCGCCUGAAAGUACUGGGAAACAAAUAUGAGCUCCGUGUUUUAUUAGUUCAGGUUGAUUCUCCUGAUCCUCACCAUGCUCUCAAACAUUUGACUCGUAUUUGCAUCCUCGCCAACUUAACUCUAGUGCUUGCAUGGAGUGCAGAAGAAGCUGGACGCAUUCUUGAAACUUACAAAAUAUUCGAACACAAACCCCCUGAUCUCAUCAUGGAACGCAGUGAUUCAGACCCCCAUUCUAAGCUGGUCAAUGCAUUAACAUCUAUUCGAUCAAUCAACAAGACUGAUGCAGCCACACUUUUGUCAACUUUUGGAUCCCUGAAGAAAUUAGCAACGACUUCUAAGGACACUCUUUCCCUCUGCCCUGGUCUAGGACCUCAAAAAGCAACUCGCCUAUACAAUGUGCUACAUCAGCCUUUCUUAAAAGAUAAAAGCAGCAAAGCAUCAAAAUCUAAGCCACAAGCCUCUACUUCAAAGAGUUAAAUAUAAAUCAGUAAAUAUUA